AUGUUGGGAGCAGAACACCUCACCAAGGUGGUCUUCUAUCUCUCAGCCCUUCGCGACGCAACCACCUUCAUUCUUAUAAACAAGAAGUGCCAACAGUCAAUUAACUCAGUUGAAACAACUCCUUUUUACAACGACAAAAACGUCAUUGGUGAAAUGAAGCUUUUCAAAAACGCUAAAACUGUGACUUGCAACUACGUCUCUAUUCCAAUCACUACGUGUCAUCUCCAUAUUUACGAUUGUGAUACUUUAUACACAAGAUGCGCAUUAUUUGAAGCUUCACCAAAAAUCACACGAAUUACCUUGAGGGCCGCACAGUACACCAGUACAAUAACAAACGACAUGCCACUGGAGCGUCUUACGAUCAAUUGCCUUGAAGAACUGAACGGACCCAAGACGUCUCAGAAUCCAACCCCUUUUAAAGCCGACUUACAAUUCCCAAGUUGCUCCAUUCAUGUUAUUUGCGACGUCUCUCAAUUGGACAAUGUGAUGUCUGUAAUUCCAGAGAGUCGCCAAAAGACAGACGUUUCGGUUGAAGUUCACAACGGUCAGAUAGUCACAUAUUAUCGAAAAGGAGAGUGGGUCUUUGGUAUGAAAGACGGUAUAAUCACUAUGCAUCUACAAGACAUCCCAACAUUUACCCAAAGCGCUCAAAAGUAUGCAGUUGAAAAGGCGCGGAUCAUCGAUUUUAUCAACCCAGAACAACCAGCAGAACCCGGCGAUUUAAAAGUCGAUUUGGACGUCAAAGAGUUGUACUUACAAGAUUUGAACUGCCCCAAGAUUGCGUUGCCAAGCACACUUGAGAAAUUGGUGUGUUCCAACUGCUCUGUAGUCAGCCUUAAAUUGGACCAGAAAGACUUGAAAAUUGUUACAAUUGAGCAAUGUGCCGAUUUAAAAGAGUUGGACAUCGAAACAAAUGUUGUAGAAUGUGAAGCGAUUUACUUGAAGUCUCUUGAAAAACUUAUAGUGCCACCGACGGUCAAAGUACUUAAAUUGGAUAACAGUGUGUUACCAAUCACUUCAUUCCCAGAAAGUGUCGAAAUAUUAAGCGUUCCCACUACAAGAAAGUUGGAACACAUUGUCUUCCCAAAACACUUGAAAGAGGUUUAUGUGAACUCGUGCUUCAUCACAACACUCCCACAAAUAUGUUCGGAGAGUAUCACUUUUUAUCAGUGCACUUUUACACAGAAAAUAAAUGUGAAAGCAAGAAAAGUGGAGGUGAAUGGAUGUUUUGUCGUAUCAAAUGUUUCUAUUGACGCAGAAGAGGUGUUGUUAACACGAAGUUCUCUUUCGCGCUCGUCGAAGAUGGAAGAAAUGAUGGAGUAUACCCUUCCAUCUGCAAAUUUAGUCACUAUAUCUUCAGUCUCUGGUCUAUCGAAAAUUGUGUUGCCAAGCGCAACUGAGCUCUCAUUAACAAACAACCCAAAUUUGGAAACCCUCGAUGCACCACUGUUAACUCAAUUGAGUGUCAUUGGUAGUCCUCUGAUGAAUUUUGAUCUGCCAAAACUCCAAAAGUUUGCUGUGGAUAACACUACCGUCCCUUCAAAUGGAAAAUUGUAUGGAGUUGGAUCGUUCAGACUUGAGAAAUGCACAGUGUCACUCGCAAGUCAACUUCUUGUGAAUGUCAAAAAAUUCACAACGUUCUCAUUAACAGGGUCUGAGGUGUCUUCUAUUUGCUCCGAAAAAAUCGAGAGACUUCGCCUCUACAAUUGCAAAGAUAUUACAGAAGUGAAAAUGAAAAACUGCGAGGUGAUUGCGCUCUUUGACUUGCCCAAAUUAUCGACGUUCGAAUGUGAUAAUUGCGUGAACGAUCUGACAAUCUUAAAAUGCCCCAAUGUCAAACUUUCACUUGAACGCCCAAUGAAAAAACUCUUAGUUGGGUCAGAGGGUGAGUUUGCUUCUGAAAAUUCGUUAGAGAUCAAAGGCGUUGUUGGGAAGAGUAUUGUAGCAAACGCGCCGUUUGUAAGAAUUGAAGAUGUGACAGACUGUACAAUUGUCUUAACAAAGAACGUGAAAAAUUUUGUAUGUGUUGGGUCUCGAAACGUCGAUUUAAAAGGAUUGGAAGAAACACAAGCAGAGUGCGUUGACAUUUCGAUGUCGUCCCAAAUUGUUUUGAACCUCCCCAAAUCGACCAUUCAAUUGUUGACUAUUUUGGAAUGCCAAGACGUCACUUGCAAAAACAUUACAGAAUGCACUUUGCUACCAAAACAAAUUAGAGAGGAUUAUGAGAAGCAACAGUACGAAAAAGUACCAAAGGAUCAGUGCAUCAUCUGCUAA